GCGAAUUUGGACUGCUUCUCAGACAUUUCGUUUAACAGAGGUGACUCGCUUAUAGAUCUGUGACACAGACAAAUCGUAUCCAAGAUCACAAAAUGGCCACAGGGCAGUCUUUGACACUGCAAGUUAUUCACGGCCCUCAGAAGUAUGAUGUGAAAUUAGGAUUGGCAGAAAAUGAGGCUGGGGAUGCUUUGUGUGUCAAACAUUUGACUGAUGCUGUUUACAAGUUAACUGAAAUCCCAGCUGAAGCCCAGAAGCUUAUUUAUAAAGGGAAAUCCUUGAAAGACCUAGGUGAGGAGCUUACCAGUCUUGGCUUAAAAUCUGGAGCAAAGGUGAUGCUGAUUGGUAAAAAGCCAGUACCACAAGAUGAUGAAGAUACUCGUGCAAUGAAUGAAGUUGAGGCAAACCUUGAGAAACAGGACAAGAAACUCAGUGAUAUUACAUAUGAACUUGAUGGUGUACAUAGAGGAUAUUUGAACAAAGAUCAGCAGUCUGAAUCUGUGAAACACUUGGAGAAACGUUUAGCUGUUGUAGCCGAGACUUUAAUGAGAUUAUUAGAGAAACUAGAUGCUCUUCGCUUUGAGGAGUCUAAUAAAGGUGGCAGGGGCAAACGCAAGUCUCUUGUUACAAAAAUACAGGUGCUUCUAACAAGAAUUGAUGGAUUAAACCGAGGACUCAAGGAUGACGACUCAAAACCAUCUAUGAACGAUAGAUAGCAUAAACAGACAUGGUGUAUACAACUUUAGAGACGUGGCUCCGAGCGUAUAAUAACCAGUUACGACCCUGUCAGAACUGUCUCUUUUGGUCAAGGCAGUCAGUAAGCAUGCCAGGGUGCUAACAUUUGAAGGCGAUUCACUACAAGCAAGAAAAAUAAAAGAUUUUUUUUUCAGUGACAAAGCAUUGCUUUUUUUCUUUUUUUUAAAAACUUUAUUAACACCUUUUUAAUAAUAUACCGAAAGAUUUUUUGGGAAUCAGUGUGGGGGAGGAACUUUGAAAGGUAUAAAGUUUUGGAGGACUUGGUAUUUUAACUAAGAGAUGGAUACAAAUGUAGUGUAUGUUGUUUAUUAUCUUGUGCUAUUGUUAAAUGAAAACUGAAAUAAAAAGUAAAGUCUUA